AUGAGUACAACUCAAGGAUAUCUUGCAUCACCAAGGGACAUUGUUAAUGUGGACAAUGAACCUGACCAUCUUCUUGUUCUUGUUCACGGCAUCUUGGCGAGCCCAAGUGACUGGACAUAUUUUGAGGUGGAAUUAAAGAGGCGAUUAGAGAAAAAGUUUUUGAUCUACGCAAGUUCAUCUAAUAUGUACACUAAAACCUUUACUGGAAUUGAAGGAGCUGGUAAACGACUAGCAGAUGAAGUCACGCAGGUCGUGACAAGAACAGAAAGCCUUAAAAAGAUAUCUUUCUUGGCUCAUUCUCUUGGUGGAUUAUUUGCAAGAUAUGCAGUUGCUGUUUUAUAUGUUCCCAACAUCUCUCUGUCUGAUGAGAUGGCCAGCUCCACUGAUACAAACUUAAAAACUUUGUUCUCUUCAAGUAAAGGUUUGAUUGCUGGGUUGGAACCAAUUAAUUUUAUUACCUUGGCAACACCUCAUCUUGGAGUGAGAGGAAAGAAGCAGCUUCCAUUUCUUCUGGGUGUGCCUAUCUUAGAGAAGCUUGCUGCACCAAUUGCCCCCAUUGUUAUUGGCCAAACUGGCAGUCAACUCUUCCUCACUGAUGGUAAACCUAACAAACCGCCUCUCUUAUUACGAAUGACGACAGAUUGUGAAGAUGGAAAUUUUAUAUCCGCACUCAGCGCUUUCAGAUGUCGGUUUCUUUAUGCAAAUGUCUCUUAUGACCAUAUGGUUGGUUGGCGGACAUCCUCCUUGAGAAGGGAGACAGAACUUGUCAAGCCUCAUCGACGGUCAUUGGAUGGCUACAAACACGUUGUCAAUGUGGAAUAUUAUCCUCCAGUUCUAUCCAAGGGUCCUCAUUUCCCUCCGGAAGCAGCCAAAGCGAAAGAGGCUGCUCAAAAGGAACCGAGCCCUCAGAAAACAAAAGAAUAUCAUGAAAUUAUGGAAGAGGAAAUGAUAUUUGGUUUACAACAAUUGGGAUGGAAAAAAGUUGAUGUCAGUUUUCACACUGCAUUUUGGCCCUUUUCUGCCGUGUUAUUAUAA